AUGGCCAAGCCCAACACUCACAAGUCUGCCGCCAAGCCAAAGGAUGAGCAUGCUGCCAUGCUCAAGACUGCUGCUGCUAUUGUUGCCUGCAUGCACAAAGAUGUGGAGGAUCCCAGAUUCUUGCCAUUGGUGAAGUAUUUGGACAUCAAGCCAUUCAGUAACAUGGUGGCACUCCUCCUCAACAGUCCCCAGUCUGCCCUUGUCCAUGAUUUGCCUGAGAAGUGGGUCCAACUAUUUGCUGCCAACCAGCAAGAGGAGCUCGCUGCAUUGUCUGUGCCACCGGAGGAGGAUGAGGAAGAGGACAAGGAGGAGAAGCAGUUUAAUGCCAUGCUGUCUGGUUUUUUGAUGUCCUUGGUGAGCCUGGCCAGCCCUUUGGGGAAGCUGGAGAAGGCCAAGGCAGAGGCUAAGGAGAUGAUGCUGGCAAAGGCAGUCAUGCCGCACCUUGAUGAGGGCACCAUGCAGAUGCCACUGGUAACCAGGGCCUGCAGGAGGCCGUCAAAGGCAGAUUCCCAAUGCAGGGUGGAUGAUUGA